UAUGUAUGGAAAACCUUUAUUCAUAGAGACAUGAUUGGUGAUAUAAAGAGAUCGAUGUAGUGAAGAUGAGUGGUGAAGGUAAGGAUCACGAAGAAGAAGAUGAAGCAAAACUUCCUGGAUUCAGGUUUCAUCCCACUGACGAAGAGCUUUUAGGGUAUUAUCUUCGAAGAAAAGUAGAGAACAAACCCAUCAAACUCGAACUUAUCAAACAGAUCGAUAUCUAUAAGUUCGAUCCUUGGGAUCUUCCAAGAGUAAGCAGCGUUGGGGAAAACGAGUGGUACUUCUUCUGCAUGAGAGGCAGGAAAUACAAGAAUAGCGUUAGACCAAACCGAGUCACCGGUUCAGGUUUCUGGAAAGCCACCGGUAUUGAUAAACCGGUUUACUCAAAUCUUGAUUGCAUUGGCCUAAAGAAGUCUCUAGUUUACUAUCUUGGUUCAGCCGGUAAGGGCUCUAAAACCAAUUGGAUGAUGCAUGAAUUUCGCCUCCCAUCUACCGCAAAAUCCGAGUCGCCAACUCAACAAGCAGAGGUGUGGACACUAUGCAGAAUCUUCAAACGAGUCACACAUCAUCGAAACCCAACCAUCCUACAACCAAACCGUAGACCGGUUAUCACCUUAACUGAUUCAUGUUCGAAGACGAGCAGCUUAGAUUCCGAUCACACUAGCCAUCACGUCGUAGAAUCCUUGUCCCACAAGCUACAUGAGCCGCAGCGUCAGCCACAGACGCAUAAUCCUUAUUGGAACCAACUUACUACGGUUGGUUUCAAUCAACCGACAUAUACUUGCCAUGAUAACAACUUGGUUAAUCUCUGGAACAUCAACGGUGAAGAUUUCAUCGGAAACGCAGCAAGUUGGGAUGAACUUAGAUCAGUUAUAGAUGGAAAUACUAAUCACUUGUAAUAACUUUUCUAUCUCCUAGUGUGGGAGAUGUGUUUCAUGUUGAUUUUGUUCUCAUUCAGAACCAACUCGGAUCCUGUUUUUUUUUCUUCAUGUUCGAUACUACUGAUAUUAUAUACAUAUCAAUAGCCAUGUUGUUCAAUAAAAUACAUAUUAUAUAUAUAUA